UCUUUGUAAAACCGUAUUUUAUUUUCCGAUAUUCAUUCGAACUGCGCUAAACCCGAUUUCAGAAUUUUGGAACGAUGAUGAACUGUUCAAACUCGGAGCCAGUGAGCAAUGGCGGUGAGGAAAUCGCUGCCUGGGAUUUGAGGCCAGGUGGCAUGAUUGUUCAAAAGAGAGAUGAUGGCUCUAGUGGGCCUACUGCCGCUACUGUUACCGUCAAGCUCUCUUAUGGUUCCCAGCAACUCGACCUCACAGUGCCCUCUGAUUCCACUUUUGGUCAAGUGAAAGACAUUAUUGCCCAAGUAAUUGGACUGGAGCCUAAAGUGCAAAAACUUUUGUUCAGAGGUAAAGAAAAAGAAGAUCAAGAAUAUUUGUCCGUGGCUGGUGUAAAGGACAAUUCCAAAUUGCUUCUUAUGGAGGAUACAACAAGUAACGAGAAAACGCCUGAAGAGGUUAAGGAAAAUAGUGUAAUAUCAAGAGGGGGUGAAGCAGUUGCUGAAGUGAGAGCAGAAGUGGAUAAGCUCUCGGAACAGGUGGAUGCUUUACAAGCGGUUAUCGAUUCUGGAACCAAGGUCGAUGACAAGGAUAUUAUUUAUUUAACUGAGAUGCUGAUGAGACAGUUAUUGAAAUUGGAUGGUAUCGAGGCUGAAGGAGACGGGAAAGUGCAAAGAAAGAUGGAGGUGCGGAGGGUCCAGAGCCUCGUAGAUAAAAUGGAUGUUCUGAAAGGGAAGAAUUCGAAUCCCUUUUCGGACUCCUCUAAUUCGGUGUCAGUUCAAACUCAAUGGGAAACAUUUGAGUCGGGCGUUGGCAGCCUCAACCCCCCGCCUCCCAGGUCACCCUCAUCUACUGUAGUAACUCAAAACUGGGAGCAGUUCGAGUAGUGUCAUUAUAUUAGGCCAAUUUUUAUUUUUUAUUUUUGGUUUGCAUUACUGAACUCGUGGAAUACAAGCAAGCAAGGUGCUACAUGUAGACACUUUUGGUAUUUAAGCAUCUUCUUGCUGUCAUUAUACAUAGUUUUAUGCUGUCCUUAACUAUGGACCUGUUAGAAACCACAUCUUUUUGAGCUAGCUACUACUGCUUUUGGUUUGAUUUGUGUGAACCGCUUGAUCAAUUAUUGGGCAUUCAUCCUCAACGCAACAUACUAUGUUCUUUCA